AAAUUACCAAGAGAAAACACAGACGACAAAACCCUAAACACAGAGAGAUGCCGAAGCCAAAACGGUUGGUAUGGAGAAUCAAGCAGAAAAAUCAGAAAGGGUCAACCUCUUCCUCCAAACCACCACCACCGCCAUCGCCGCCGUGGGUGGAACUCCCUCGAGAAAUCACGGCCGACAUCCUUCACCGGUUGGGAGCAAUAGAGAUAUUGCAAAAUGCACAGAGAGUUUGUAGUACGUGGUGGAAGGUGUGCCAUGACCCUAUCAUGUGGCGGGACAUUGACAUGGGAAGCGACAUUGAUGUGGACAUAGGUGAUGAUGUCUUGGACGAGUUGUGUCGCGUCGCUGUGAAUCGCAGCCAGGGUCAGUUGCACAAAAUUAACAUCGAGCAUUUUGGCAAUGACUAUUUGCUCAAAUAUAUAGCGGAGAGAUCAAGUCAGCUAAGGCAUCUAAGACUUGUCAGCUGUGAUGAAAUUUCAGAUGGAGGUUUGGCUGCAGUUGCCAAGAACUUCCCGUUGUUGGAGGAGUUGCACAUUUACUUAGCUGUUAUUAGUAAAGCUGAUAUAGACGCUAUUGGUCGUUCUUGCUCGCAGCUCAAGUCAUUUACAUUGAACAACAUUGGAUUUAGUGGAUUCAGAGGAUUUAGAAGUUUACAUUUUAAUGUCAAUGAUGAAGCUCUGGCUAUUGCAGGAAAUAUGCCUGAGUUGCGACGCCUUGCACUUUUUGGGAAUAACUUGACAAAUGAAGGCCUGUGUGCCAUUCUUGAUGGCUGCCUGCGGCUUGAAUCACUUGACUUGCGCCACUGUUAUAGUAUUGAUCUUGAAGGGGAUUUAGGAAAGAGAUGUCGCCAACAGAUUAAGGAUCUGAAGUGCCCUCGUGAUUCCACUUCUGGUUAUGAGUUUAGAGCUCAGAUUUGUGAUUAUAGUUCUUCCAAUGAUGAAUACCCAUCUGGGUUGUCUGAAGCUGCUGGCCUCUCAGACUAUUUGUUUGAUUAUGAGUAUGAUGACUUUGAUUACGACGACUUCACUAACCCAUUUAGCGGCGAGUAUCUUGAUGAGGAUGGUUUCUUUUACUGAGAUCGUUUGCUACCUGAAAUUUGUUAAUGGUUCUUGUUUGCUGGGUAAACUGCGAUUCAAUUGUUCAGCAAAUUCUAGGUUGCUGUUCGAAUUGCCAUUCGUGUCAUAUUUUGCUGCUCUCAUAGCAGUUGAAGUGUCCGGGUUUGCACAUUGUUGGCAGCAGAUUGUAAUUGUAGUUAUUAAGGCAGGCCUUAAUCCACUAACCUUAGCACUUGGCUGCUUAGAACUACCAGAUAACUACUGUGUUCUCUCCUUUUUUGUUUGGUUCAUAACCCCUUCACAUAAGUCGAAUUUGGUAAAUUUCUUAGUCUUUUGUUUGAAUGUAUAUAAAAGCCACUUCAAAUUAUAAAAGCCACGCACAUACAUACAUAAUCUACAAACUAUAAGUUCAACAAAAGAGUGGGAGGCAUACCAGUCGAGCAAAAAUAUCAAAAGUGCCUCCACCAAGCCAAAGUGAGGACUCAACUGAAGGGAAUUGUCAUGGUGCCUCUAACCUCAUAAUUUCAGUCAUUUGUUUUCACUUUGUUCGUCUAAUUAACACGAUCUACUUGUAGUUCGUCUCUCUUCACCUUACUCUUAGAUCUCUUCAAGCUCCACAUAAUCGAUUGGUGAUUAUCAACAAA